GUUCGUGCCACGUGGUGCGUGCAAGCUUAGUGAUUAGUGAAAUUCCUACAUUUUGGCGUUCUCGUAUUUUAAACAGUUUGACUAAUUAAAAUACCUUAAAAUGGAAAAUGUUUCGCAUGCAGUUCUAUUAUGUGGGCGGCAAGGAAGGCAUGGUUGACGAUUUCACUUUAUCGUUUGGAGAUAUUCAUAAGGAUGCCCACCACAUUCACGAGUACAGAGGAGACCAUUCAAGAGCUCUAUCAUCAUUCAUUCGUGAAGUGCAGAUGAUAUUUUCACUAUUACCUCCCACAUCUACUGCAGAAGCUUUCGUGUUUAGCCGUGUCAUACUCAACAAAAUCCAAGGCGGGGCUCUACAUGUUGUGAGAGCCAUCGAGAAUUCCGAGCCGUCAUGGGAUGACAUCAAGAGGAGGAAAGAAGUCCUAUAAACAACUUUACCAAGAGCGUUUAUGCUAAGUAACAACAACAACAUUACAGAAUAUUUUAAGUCUUUAAGAAGUAUAAUGUAUAAAAUUAAUGAAAAAUAUGAAUAUGAUAACGUAAAGCAUUCUGAGUUCAGUCCCAAAAAUGUUGAAGAAGCUAUGCUAAGAACAUUCUUGAAAAAUAUUGAUGUAAAUUUACCUUCAGUCAUAAUUAAUAUAAAUGUAAAAAAUUUAAGAGAAGCUUUUGAUUUAUUGGAAACCGAAGGUCUUGUUAGAACUCAAAAUGUUAAAACAAAAUUUCCUCAAAGUAUAGAAAAAACGAACAAAACGGAAAAUCAAAAAAAAAACUAAAUUAUAAUAAUCAAGAUAAGAAUGCAAACCGCAAUAACAAUUUCCAAAAUUUUUAUUCAGGUAACUUUCGAUCAGGAACACAAAAUUUAAAUUCAAAUCAGAACUGUACAAAUCAACAAAGCCAUAUUUCAAAAAUGGUAAUCGAUCAUGUCGAGGUAGAUAAAACUAAUUGUAACCAAUGUAAAUAUGAUAAUCCAGAUCAAAGCUUCACUUCUGAAUAAAUGUCAGAGCCAAUGAACGGUUCUUGCCAUGCAAAUUUUCAAAUAGUUGCCUCGAAAAAUCACUUCCCUUAAUUAACUUAACUAUAAACAAUGAAAUAAUCACAGCCUUGAUUGAUACUGGUUCAACAACUUCCAUGUUAGAUAGAAAUAAAUUGUUACAAUAUCCUCGAAGAACUUUGCGUCAUCCAAUAUAAUUUUCAUCUCUAAGUUCAAAAUCGCUAAUAACGCAAGAAAUAAUAACCGAUUUUUCUCUUGAAUUUAAAGAAGAUGCCACAAUGAGUUGGAAAUUGACAACAUUUAAUAACAAAUCGUACGAUGCUAUAAUAGGUCAAAAUAUUAUCAAGCUAUAAACGCUGUUAUUGAUUUUUAUUAUAAUACAAUUACAAUUAAUAAUAAUAUUAUCCAAUUUCAAAAUAGUUCACCAUACUCUGAUGAGGUAAAUCAAAUUGAACCAAUUGAAAUAGAUGAUAAAAUACAAAAUAUUCUUUUCAAUGAUUUAAAUCAAGAGGAAAACAAUGCUCUUACUAAAAUUUUAAGAAAACCUAAAACAUUAAUAUUUCUUGAAGGUCAGUGUCUUAGCAAUAGCAAUUCUCCAUAUAAUGCCCCUCUAUGUGUUGUACAAAAAAAAAACUGAUAACAGUGGAACAAAAAAGUGGCGUAUAGUUAUUGAUUAUCGCAAAUUGAAUGAAAACACAGUAGAUGAUAAGUUUCCUGUACCAAAUAUAAAAGGUAUAUUGGAUAAGUUAGGAAGAGCGCAAUAUUUUUCUACUAUAGAUCUCACGAAAGACUUUCACCAAAUUCUUGUUCAGGAACAAGAUAGGGGAAAGACAGCGUUUUCUACUCCUUACGGGCAUUACGAAUUUAAUCGGAUGCCCGGGGGAUGCCCGGGGCUCUAAAAAAGCUUCUGCCACAUUUCAACGCCUUAUAAACACAGUCUUAAAAGAAGAAAUAAAUAGAAGUUGUAUUCUAUCGUCUA